AUGUACAAUAACUUAACUUAGGUAGUUUUUUACUUCACUACUACACAACCCAGCGUUUUGACACAAGCACGAGUGAGUAGAAAGUCGUUUGUAGACUCGAACUACAAUCCCCACAAUUCACCUCUACGAACAUAUGCGCAUCUGGCGUAUUCUCGUAUCUUCUAGCGCGACUCAUAUUUUGGAAUAGCUCGUCAACGUCACCAUGUAGCCUCUCAGUCCGUUCACGUCUUCAGCGCCGUCAGUCUGUGGGACAUUUCUGCUUCACAGUUGUCUACCCGUGGUUCUCCUCAAAUCAUCUCACCAACUGGAUCAAUAUGCAUCACUCUGGUCCCUCAGUGAGCAGUGAGUUGGAGUUACUGCCAGCCAUGUAUUCCUUUUCCGGCCCCACAAGCCUUCCUCAAUUUUUUGACCUCGGCUCUCCGAGCACACCUGGCCACCGGCGGAGACCAACAGCAUCUAACAACAGCUGGGAGACACGCUGCCUCAGAAAGCACAGAAGGGGAGUUGAUGAUGAGGGAUGCAGUGCCAAAAGGCGAAGGUUAAUGGUGGAGGCUGAAGUAGACAUUUCAGGGGACUCACACUGCAGCACUCACCCGGCCUGGGCUGCAGCCAGCAGCUGCCAUUCCCUGUCUGUGCAGCAUGUCAGCACUGCGCCGCCGCAGCCCUCCUCAGAGCCUCAGCCCCUGCCUUUGUCACAUCCCUCCCCUUCUCUGUCCCGAUCUGAGAACGAGAACUCCGGCAUGGAGAUCGAGGCGGCUCAGAGGAGACUUCAGGAGAUUGAAGACAGAAUAACACUGGAGGAUGACAACGACGAGGAGAAUCUGGACGUUGAGCCCGCUCCGAGGCGACCAGUGCUGGUGAUGUCUGACAGUCUGAAAGAGGGUCUGCAGCGGAGCAUCAGCGACAUCCUGCCCCACAAAGUGGCCCAGUCUGUGAGCCAUUCCUGCAUGGAGUUGGUGUUGUGGAGGCCUCCCGACGACCACUUUGGUCCAAGGCUAAAGAGCUCGUUACAAAAACAGCGCAAACAACAGACAGUGUCGCGGCAGCAGCCCCCAACGCCGUGUCCAUCUCCCGUUCCUCACAGUCCACUGAGCCCGUCCACUGAGCCCACAGACACGUCUUCUCUCCUGUACAGCUUCCCUGUGGCUCACGGCUCCGGAGAAGAGGACAUGGAAAUGUAACCGUGCGUAAAGAAUUUACAAGUCAUGCCAAAGGACACGAGUGUACUUACAGUGUAAUGACACAAAAGACUAUCAAGAACCCAGAACCACCUUACACUGGUGAGACAUGUUGGCUUUAUAUCAAUAUUCUGCUUUUGACAGUUUGUGCAACACAUGCAGUAUUUUUGCUUUGCUGUUUUCUGACAAUAAUCCUAUAACAUGUGAUAUGUGACAUAGAAAAGUAAUGCUUACCUUUUGUUAAGCACUUUUAUUUAUUGAAAUCUCAAAAGUAAGUCACGAUUUCAAGAAAUUGACAGUCACUGAUUUCAUAAAACGUACAAGAUUGAAUCCCCCCCUCCAAAAUAAGCUAAUUUGUACAGAAUCUUGCCAAAGCCUGGCCAAAAGCACACUGAUGUGUUGUGAAUCUAAUUUUGUACUUUGUCAAACAUCAGUGUGCAGCACAUGAGUAUGUACAGUUUUUAAGUUCAGCUUAAAAUGUUUUUUCUGUGUGCUGUGCUCACAUUUGUGCUUACAACAGGACUUGCAGUUUUACUGUAGUGGUAGAAAGAUGAUUGUUCUGCAGUGUUUCUCAAGUCUGUGAAGCUUUAGG